UUUGUCAUGACGCAUAUCCUAUUUGCCAGGGACGUUUUUCUCCCCCGUUGAAUUCUUUGCAAGCAGUAGAAUGUUCUAGCUGCUGUGUGUCUUUUCAAAUGGAAACGUUAAGUGUGUUGUUUGUGAUUUUUCUCCGACCUUCUCAUGGCUUUACAUCGUACAGAAGUUCUUAUACGUACAAUGCAGAGCCGCGUUUGCGUCUGUGUACGGCAGGGUCGGUGUCGAAGUCGUCCUUCGGAUACAACAUGUACGCAACGAAUGGUCCACUGCGGUGGCACCGGAUCUCAACCUGCUGUGGGGGAGCGAAGCAGUCUCCCGUACCUCUGAGUACCCGAGGCGCAGCGUGUGGUCAGCCCUACACUCUCACAUACAGUCAGUCUCAGGCUGCAAGUGUAUCGUCAGUCACAUAUAACAAUGGACAAACAGCUACAAUGACCUUCCCGAAAAGGAGACUCUCUCUCAGUGACGUACCCCGUCGUCAGGGCUGCACGUUCCUCCUGGGGGAGAUACACUACCAUGCUGGCAUCACAGGGGACACAGGCUCCGAACACUGGCUGGAACACACAGGAUACGGGGCCGAGGUCCAUCUGGUGCACUACAACAGGAAGUAUAGCGGUAUAGUGGAGGCGACGUCAAAACCGGAUGGACUUGCCGUUAUUGCUAUCCUUAUACAGAAAGCAAGAACAUCACCAAACAGCGAGUUAAGAAGAUAUGUCCGCUUGGUGUCGAGGUUAAAGGCAAACGAUGCGAAACUCAGGACGACUAUAAGGCCCCUCCUGCUGCUCCCCCACAGUAAAGAGUUCUUCAUAUAUGAGGGUUCGCUCACGUCUCCGCCAUGCUCGGAGUCAGUACUAUGGGUCGUUAUGAGGCAACCAUUACAGCUGAGUUCACGAGGGCUGCAGAUGCUGAGGAACCUUCCAAGAAAAGGUGGGCGGGUGUUGGCGACAUAUACAAACGUCCGCCCCGAACAAGAACUUAACAACAGGCUUGUGGAAACCAAUUUCCCUUGUUCAGACAACCUCGAUGCCUUCAAUACACCGACAGAACACGGAGGACAUUUAUAGAUAUGAACAUUGGAAAAUGUGACGAAUAUGUGUGUGUUAAAGAGUUUAGGAGCUUAUAUUAACAAAAAUAUGUCAAUACAUUUGUUUGGCAUUUCCAAAUUUGACGCCUCAGUGACACAACUUAUAUCCUAUGCAAUUCCCUAUGUGUACCUUAUGUUCCUGUCUUUUGUAAUUGAACAACUGACUUGCCUUUGCAUGUAUUUGUGAUGGUUGCCUCCAGUGAGGAAGGAUAUGUUCACCUUCUCGUGAACACCAUGAACAUGUGUUUGUUGCUUUAAUUUAUGAAAAAGGUUGAUUACUUUUCAUUACAUGAGAUUGAUUAUGUUGUGUAAGUUUAACAUCUAUUUAUAUGUUUGAAUAGGAUAUCGAAAUACUUAUAUAUAUUCCAUGCCAUACAUACUCUUAUCUCAUCAGCAACCCAUGCUUGUCGUAAGAGACGACUAACGGGAUCAGGUGGUCAGGCUCUCAAACUUUGUUGAUGCAUGGCAUCGUAUCCCAAUUGUGUAGAUGGCUGCUCAAAAUAUCAUUCACUGGAUUGCCUGGUCCAAACUCGAUUACUGACAAAAUCGCCAUCAUAUUGCCAAGUGCAGCGUUAAACAACAAACAAAGAACAAACAUGAUGAAAUGAUAUAUCAGGUAUUUAUGU